AAAAAGUACUAGUAAGAAUUGAGUCACAGAAGGUGAAGGAAAAAAAAAACUGCAUACUUUUUUGGAAACUCUGUAAUUUUUGGGAGUGAGAAAAUCGGAGAGGGCCCGCACCGCACCAAAGCCCUUUAUAAAUCGGUAAAUCCUGUCAGGCUGAUGGCAUGAAGGCAGCUAUAUAAACGACAUUUUUUCCGUGACAAAUACAAAUAGCCGUAAUUUUUUUUUUGGUCUAAUUUUGGUUUCGAUUUAAUUCAAUUUUUAAUUUUUUUUCCCCUCAAUCUAAGUGUUUAUCUAACUGGUUUACUAAUUGUGAUUGUAAGUCAAGAAUAAGCGGAGUAAUACUGCUACAGAUUCGCCGCCAAUAAUAAGAGUCUCCGCCGUGUGAAUGGAGGGAGUUGGGGCAAGACUGGGUAGAUCCUCCACCCGGUACGGUCCGGCCACCGUGUUCACCGGUCCCGUUCGGAAGUGGAAAAAGCGAUGGAUCCCAUAUACUCCGCCAAAUAACUCUAAUAACAGCUCCAACCAUAAUCACCACAACCAUUCGGCGGUGACUAACGGCGCUUCCAACGGCAACAACGGCUCCCAUCUCCUGCUCUACAAGUGGGCGCCCAUAACUCCGAGCCAAAACGGCACCAACGGUAACAGCAGUGGGAACGGGAAGAGUCCCGCCGAUAAUAAUGUGGACGAGGCCAAAAACGACGUCGUCGGCGCGGGAGAGGAUGACCAGCAGCCUCGGAAACGUAAAUUCAAGUAUAUUCCGGUAGCUGUGCUGGAAGAGCCAAAGAAUGACGUUUCGGAGCAAGGUGAGGAUGAAGCGAAGCCCAUGGAGACAGAGACAGAGGGCAUGGAGCCAACAUCCAAUAAUGAUGACUUCGAGGGAAAACCUGAUAUCAAUGACACACCUGCAGAUGAAAGUCAGGUUCAUGAAGAUGAUCCUAUGGAAAGACAAGAUCUAAAUGAAAGCACGUUGGACUUGAGCUUGGGCUUGAAGGCUCAUGAAGGGGAAAAUGACUCUGAUUCAAAAACUAAUCAGACGAAAGAUGGCUAGUCAGCCACCAGUUGCGGCAGUGUCAUUGAUAUGUGAGGGUGGAUUCUCUAUAUCUGACUGACCAGACAUGGAUAUUAUAAGUCUGCACAGUCCAGUGUCAUUCUAGCCAUCUAAACUUGAAUUUGUAACCGAUGUUUGUGAUUAAAUUUAGGUCAGAGCAGGUCCUACCUGACAAUUUUAUGCCUGUAAGGCUGUAACCUUAGUUUUCAUUGAUGCUUCCCUCAUUUUUUGAGGUGAUGGCCAUUUAUUGUACCAUUGAAUUUUGAACCAUUACAUUGUAAUCCUCACCAGGUUGAGACACUUAAAAAGUUUUUCCACUUACACUCACC